AUGUUAGCGUCUUUUAAGCCUUUAGUCAAAUCAACUCCUCUUUUGGUUAGAAGGCUUUCGACGGGCACUCCCGUAUCUCAAAAACUUGAACUAACUUUCUUCACCAAAGCAACAUGUAUGUUAUGUACUAAUGCUAGAGGUGUCUUACUAGACACUUUGAAAGACGAUUCAAUGAAAGAUAAGGAUCUUAACUUGAAAAUAGUUGACAUUAUGAAACCAGAAAACUCUGAAGCUUUUGAUGCGUACUGUUUCGAUGUGCCUGUCUUGCACGUUGAUAGAUCAAAUCAGACAAAACCGGUCAAAUUUAUGCAUUACUUCUACAAUGAAAAAUUAUUGGAAGAGUUUAAUAAAGAAUGA